GAUGAAGACAGGACCCAAGGACUCUAUGAUUUGUUCAACAAGCUCGCAGGAGGGGAUGCACUGACGACAGCUUCCUUGGUUCCCGAAGGCUCAAGACAUCUGGAAGCUGUUCUAGACUGUAUUUCAGUCAUUGAAAGAGUUGUGCGAACAACUCCUCCAAAGUUUGUGGUAUCUAGACUGUGUAAUUUGCAACCUGGGCUUCUCCCAUGGCUGCGCGAUGAGCAUGCAGUUCUCACGGAACUCCAAUAUAACACUGUGGUAAGUCAAUUCGGAGCCCUGGGACGUGCUGUCACCUAUUUAACCAAUGACACAGAUUGCCAACUUCUACUCCACAUCUUUGGAGGCGCUACUAGAUGCUGAAUCAUCAGCCACAAUAUUGCACAAAAUCACUCCGUUCCUCGUGUCAGGAUUUGUGCGCUUGCCACCCCCGCUUCUCUGUCCCAAUGCCUUCGAAUCUUUUUGGACCGCAAAAUAUAAGCCUAUUACGGACGAGCUAACCAGGGAAGGGUACCAGUAUCCGGAAGAGUUGAAGGUUUGCCUGCGCUACUUUAUAUAUAGCGGUUCGGAACAUGAAUCGUUCGCUGUCGGGUUAUCUGCGGGUAUCGAGAGUAUCGAUGAGGUAAAUGAGGAGUCAUUCGUCCCUGAGAGCGUGAAUGUUGAGGCCCCAACACGCUCGAGCCCCGAUCACUCUUCCUUGGUUGCUGAUGACGCUGAACGAAUCGCGAAUAAUCCGGGGUUAGAAAAUGCAAGCUUUGUACCAGAGCAUCAGAUUUUGGUGGCGAAUAGCAGUUCUAGCGAUGUCCCAGAUGAUCCUGACAUAGCGCGUAUCAUAUCCACCGAUCAACUUCCUUCGUCACCUGAUGACACUGGGAGACUGUCGCCAGCCGUGAUCAGUUCAGAUAAAAUUGCGGACGUCUCUGUUCCAUCUCUUCUCGGGAAUCCAAUUAGAGGGCAUCAAGCUUUGUCAUCCCCAGAUGGUGUUUCUGAUGAAGAGGCUGAAGCGAAUUCCGUCGCAACAUCACUGGUAGAGGGUGAGAUGUUCAGUUCUCCAAAGCCGCAACAGAGAGUGUAUGGACCAGGAUCGUCAGGCAAGCGAAAGCGGGGAUUAUCAGGCAAACUGGCGCGGAAGAGACAUAGGCCUCGGAAAUCUGAGGAUACGAGUAGCUUUAUUGCGUCACUUGUUCGCGGAACGAUGGGACCAUCGCCUCACUUACCUGCCGUCAAGUCGCAUUCUGACCGCCCUCCAGAACCCAAGCCAGCUCCUAAGGCUGGUCAUGCACCAAAAUUAGAUCUUGUGACGCCUACAAAAGUUGGUAGCAAUGCUCCCGAGAGGCAUGGCAAGGUGGAAGUGGAGGUGCCGAGGUUGGUUCAAGCAUGGAAAGGUCACAAGGCUCGCUCUUCGUCGGUAUCUAACGAGCCCUCCCCCUGCUCCUCUCCCACGGAUCAUCGAAGAUCCCAACGUCUCAAGCGCGAUCUAUCUGCGUUAAAUGUCAAUGAGGAAGUAUUGCCCCAAACUGAUGGUAACAAAAUCGGGCCACCCCGGCCGAAGCGCCAUAAAUCCAGCACGGAUAUAUCCCCUCAGCGACAGAAUCCGCGCUCUAGGAAAAGUAAGAAAUCUUUCGCGAGUGGGUCCAGCGAUGUCACUUCCCCUCAGAAAGGUCCUACACCUUCAGUCAACAGUGAAACACCUCAGAUUAGAGGACCGGUAUUACCAGCGCUCGUUGACACUGUUAUUUCGCCUGAGUUGAAAAGGAAUGAGCAAUUAGACAACCCUUCUAGUGAUGACUCCACGCAGCCAGGGUCCAGCCCCAUCAGGAGUCACGUCCAAAGGCGCCUUUCCCGUAACAACUCUUCAGGACUUCUGGGCCCAAAGUCAAGACUGAAUGUACAUCGCGUCCCGGCCCCUGACAGCAUAAAAGAUGCUGCACUGAUCCUUGCAAGCACAAGCAAUGAACAACUAGUAUCCAUGUCCGCCGAAGAACUGCGCCAUCUGCGUUCACUGAUCGACGGUUUGGAGGGGAAGGUGCAGAAUGCCCUAUCAUCCAAAAGUGAUUCGUGAUUUCGUACUGCAGCAUGUUUCGUUAUAUGUUCCACGCAUCCUUUCUUUCUCCUAUCGCUUUGCUGGGCAUGACUUUUCAUUAUUGCAAUAUGUAUGUACUUCAUCGCAUGCGUCCAAGGACGAAAUUCA